AUGUCAACAUUUGAAACCGCAGUCGCCGACUCGAAGAAGCUUACUUCCAAGCCCAGCAAUGACGAUCUACUAGAGCUCUACGGGCUGUACAAGGUUGCGACCGGUGAGGAUAUCACCAAGGCGGAUAACCCAGGCACCUUCGAUCUCAAGGGAAAGGCAAAGAAGAGGGCGUGGCAGGCGGUUGUUGAUGAGGGUAUCGAUGCCGAGACUGCGAAGGCACGAUAUGUCAAGUUGGUUGAGAGCAUGAAGACCAAGUACGGCUACGACGCGGACAAGUCUCCUGAGGCCGUUGGCGGUGCUUAA